AUGUAUCUACGAGCAGUUCACGCCGAAUCUUCCAUUGCGGCGCUCUUUCAAUUCAUCAAGGAAAAUCCCCUCGGUGUCAUCACCACCGCUAUUUCAUCUCCGUCUUUUCCUUUCCUUCAGUCUAGCCAUGUCCCCUGGGUGCUAGAUAUCAUCUCAGAUGAUCCGGAAGCACCUGUCAAGGGCCGUCUACGAGGCCAUAUGGCCAAGCAGAACCCGCAAUCCAAGGCUAUGGUCGAAGCGGCCUCAAAUUCUUCAACAAAGACGCUGGAGCACGAUGUGAUGAUUCUAUUUACGGGGGCCCAUCACCACUACGUGACCCCAAAGUUUUACACUGAGACGAAGCCAGCCACUGGGAAAGUCGUGCCGACCUGGAAUUACGCGGCAGCGCAAGUAUACGGCAAAGCGACCAUUUACUACGACUCGUCUUCCUCAGAGACUUCUGAGUAUCUAUCAAAGCAGAUUGAUGAACUCUCAGAGUUAUGUGAAACCUCGAUCAUGGACCACACAGGCCAGCAAGGGAAGCCAGGGCCCUGGAGUGUAUCGGAUGCACCCGACAGGUAUAUCGAUAUAAUGAAGAAGAAUAUCAUCGGUAUCGAGGUCUCCAUCGAGAGUAUUGGGGGCAAGUUUAAGAUGAGCCAAGAGAUGGGCCAGGGCGAUCGGACGGGCAUCAUUGAAGGCUUUGCGGGAAUAGAGUCCGACACGGGUAAACACUUGUCAGAACUGGUGAAGCAGCGUGGAGAGCUGAAGGAUGCAAAAAAGAACUAA